AUGGGUGACGAUAAUGAUGAUGUUGUUAAGCCUACCAAGGAGAGGUUUGAUCGUGUGUUACGUGGAAGUUAUGCAUUAUGGUCCAGUUAUGUCGAUCUCGAAGGCCCUACUACUCUCCCAAUUGAAUGCAUUGAUCUCAAACGCAUCUUCGGCCGAACGCCAUCAUUCCUUGGACAUGGGUUGAUCCCCGAAAACGAGUCAGUCCCAUUAAAAUGCAGCGAGAGCUCAGGAACUCUUUACGUCAAUGGUCAUUCGACUUGGAAAACCUCCCACGGGACUUGCCGGCUGGGGCCUAAAGAAAUACACCGCACGGUUCUGCUUGCGACUCAAGCUGCAAUGAAUGUAGAGCUCUCAGAUUCUGUCCCAUUCGCAGAAUGGCCUGGCGUUCAGGGUCUUGAGGGGUACGACGAGGGCAACUACAUCGCAGUAUUAUUUCUUGCUUGGGCGUAUAUACGGAGUGCUCGAUGGUCUGCAUUGUUGAACAGAUCUCCUGAGCACUGGUGUAUGGUUACCUUCAAGAAAGAGUCUCUCCGAUGUGAGGCCCCAAUGCCACAAAGCAGUAUUGAAGUAGACACUGGUGAUGAUGCUACUGAUGAUGAAGGCUGUGGAGUAUAUGGUCAAUGCUCGGCGGCCUUGUCUACAGCACUUUGCAUCCCUUUUGUUUGGACCAAGUCAACAUCGCUCCCUGCUCCGAAAAUGAGUGCUACCUCUAAAUACUCACUUGACUUGCCAUACUCUCCAUCAAUUCACACUUAUGAGCACUACGGCCUUCUUCCUCGCUACAUGAUGUUAAGCUGUGAUGUGUGGGGCAUUCGAUCCCUGCUUCACAUCGUAUUCUUCAACCCAGACAUCGAGUGUAACUCGGUGGCGGCCUGGAUGAGUGCAGCAUUCGCCGUUCUAGACCCAGUGACGCAGGCAGGGAAUAUCGUGAAGCUCCUCAAAAUCCUUGCAACACGUCUACCAAAGUUAGCGCCACUGUGGCUCGGAGCUAUGCUUGUGGAUAACCUUCACACCGCGGCAUGGACAGGCACAGUAGGGCCAUUCAUUACGCUGAGACCAGGUGUAAGUGAUGACAAAGUGAUCAGACGUGAGGACGAAUGCCGACUACUUCAUAUCAUCGGCUGUGGUUCCUAUGCUAGACCUCCUGUGUGGCCAUGGAGGCCUAUCGGGGAAACUUUGCUUAACGAUUCCGAGCUGGAGGCCCACAAACAUGCCCAGUACAAUUGCCAUUGUUUAGAGUACCAGGCAUGGGACUGGGAACUCGCAGACGGAAAAGGCUUGGAAGCCCGUGGGGCUGACGCCCAUCAACCAGAUGACAAUGUUACGCAGAUUGACUCUGUCCUCAAGAGUACCCCAAGUCAGUGUUCCAUUGAUUGCUUGUCAGAUGACUUGUCAGCGAAUCCAACACGAGGAAUAUUUGGAUGGUUAAGAUCAACUGGGUACCUAGCAAAUGAAAGGCAUGUAUACAAGCAUCCUUGGUUCGACGUUGGAGACUCUGAUGAAGAUGAGAUUUUGGACAACCAGGGGAUAUUAGUAGAGCUAAUGAGGCAGACAGACAAGUCAAUGGAGAAGGGGCUUGAGAAAUGUAAUAGUAGGUGUUCGGAGAUAGCGGACAUAACCUAUUUCUUUUGUAAGGAUGCUGGGGAGCUUGACCGCCCUAUUGAAAUAGGAAGGCGGUUUGAUGAAACCGCCAUAGUCAAACCUCAGAACCUCCGACCGAGGAAAAGGGGUUUGACUGUAUAUUUUGGUGCUAUGAAUUCCAGCAAAAAGCUUCUUUAG